AACUUUAUUUUGCACCAGUUACACUUCAACAGUUGAGUGGGUAACUUGUUUCCUGUCAAUGUGGUUUUGAAGAUAAACGGAUUCACCACCUUCAAGUCGGCAGGAUGGUAAACUUAAAAACUCAAUGACAAGAAUCUGUUGAUAAUACAACAUAACAUUUUGUUGAAAAAUAAGUGUUGCAUAUCUAGAUACCUCAAACAACUAUUUAUUUCAUAACUUCUUUCGGUCAUCCUAUUCACCUUUGACAGAAUUGCAUAGGUAAGGUGGUGUUGGGACUUUUGGGGCUUGCUGUCGUCAUCAUCUUGAUAGCAGUGCCCACAGCAUUGUAUCUGAACGGUGAGUGGUUCCACUUUCAAUUGCUUUCAAGGACCCAUUAAAUUGUAGCCUACCAUAACUGUAAAAAAAAAAAAAAAACUGUUCAGAAUAAGUAUUUUAUUACUACAAUAGAACAUUGCAUACACUGGAUAAUAAUAUUGUAUUAUUUUAACAGAACACUGCAUAAAAUAGACACUUUGACAUAAUGCAUGUGCCAUUCAAACAUGUAGGCCUAGUGCUUUAUUGCUUUAGAAAUGCAGGACCUUGUUGCAAUAUCACAUCGUAUAUGCAGGUACCACAUUUGUAUAACUUUAUCCUAUUAACAUAUUUAGUUCAGUUAUAGCGGCUCUACAAACCCAGUCAAAUGUAUAUUGUAUAUCUGUUACAACCUUGCAGUCCUCCUCCCAAGAUCCAUAUCUAUGUUUAUCAAGACCUGUUUAAUCAUGUGUACAUGCAUUGUAAUCUUGAGUCAUUACAGUAGCCUAUGACUUUUUGUCUUUUUCACUCAUACAUUCCUCCUAGUAUACAGUAUAGUAUGAGAAAUCAGUGAAUGCUAUCUUUGAGCCCCAUGUUUCAGAGGAAAAAGUGAAGGCUCAGAGGACGUUCACUCUCAGUGAUGUCUUCAAUAGUUCCAUCAGGACCAGAUCGUACAACAUGCGCUGGAUCUCAGGUAAAACACCCUAGAAGCCUAAUCAAUCAACUGUAUGUAAAUGGGUGGAUGGCUGUUAUGUUUAAUCAAGUCAGUAAUUGCGUGCCUGAAAUGUAUUACACAACACUCUAACCCUGGAAGGAUGCACGUUUAGAUACAAGUCAACAACACAACACUUUUAUUAUUAUAUUACAAUGUUCCCAUUACAAAAUGAUAAGAAACAAUAAAAAAUGAUACUAGGCCAAUAUACUGUAUCUAUUCAAAUGGCACACUUUUGCUUUAUGUUAAAUCAUCAGUGCUGAUAUUUCAACUUAAACGUCAGUUAGUUCAUUACUUUUAAACUCCUCUUUCCCCUCCCCAUAGACCAUGAGUAUCUGCAUAAAAAAGACAACUCCAUCUUCCUUCAUAACCUGAUUACGGGAAACAACUCAGAAUUCCUGAGCAGCAUCACAUUUGUAAGAUACCCCUCGUGGGUGUGUGUGUCGGUCUGUGUCUAUGCAUAUUUGGAAGUAAGUAUGGUGAAGGAAGGAGUGCUUGUGUCAUGUAUAACACAGUUCCUUUUUGUUGUUGUUGAAAAACAGGAUCAAGUGGCUGCCUAUGAUUAUGUAGUGUCUGCUGAUCGAAAAUAUGUUGCUUUCAAGAGCAAUUGGACUAAGGUAAUGUCUUGUGAUAUUUAAUGAUUUGUUGCUGUUGUGCUAUCCUGCUGUGAAGUUGCUAUGUGUGAUAUGUCAUUGUGGUGUGGUUGUUGUUGCAGAAUCAGACUUACGUGCCCAAAGUAAUUGCCCUGCAAUUUUGAUCAAAUUGAAUUAAUGUAUUAAGUCAUUUAUAUAAGUAAUUGAUCUGUGCUACUAAUCAAAUUCCUAAUUAUAAUUUCAUUUGUUUCAACAGAUAUGGAGACACUCCUUCACAGCUUCAUAUUCUCUCUAUGAUUUGGCAAGCUCGUAAGUCUCUUUCAACUGUUCUAUACACACAUCUUCAAUAUCCCUUUAACUUUGAGAAUUACAUAUGCAGUGUAGAGAACAUAGGGAGUUUCAUUUUAUUCAUGGGACUAGUGCAGGAAAUGGUCAACAAUACUCAACAAAUAGAGGAACUGAAGAGGGCCAUAAAAUGUCAUGUUUACUGCAAACAAUUUAUAGGGACGCAUUUACAGCGCAUUCAGAAAGUAUUCAGACCCCUUCCCUUUUUCCACAUUUUGUUACGUUACAGCCUUAUUCUAAAAUGGAUGUAAAAAAUAAUAAUCCUCAUCAAAUCUACACACAAUACCCCAUAAUGACAAAACGAAAACAGGUUUAGAAAUCUUUGCAAAUGUAUUACAAAUAAAAACAGAAAUACGUUAUUUACAUUCGUUUUCAGAGCCUUUGCUGAGACUCGAAAUUGAGCUCAGGUGCUCAGGGUCUGAAUACUUUCCGAAUGCACUGUAUGGUGUUUUGUCAAACUCAAAGAUAUUAAUACUGUUAGUUUUUAUUUAUUCUCAUUUUAGGACAUUUCUCAGUACACCAGACAUUCCUCACAAAGUCCAUUUGUUUGCAUGGGCGCCAACAGGCAACAAAAUGGUAGGUUAAAAGGACACUUGAGAGAAACCAUUGGAUUUGUUUAUAUACUAUGCUUUUCCAGAGGCUGACCCAUUACACUCUUAUAACGGGUGACAUAUGCUUUUAAUUCAACACGUCUGCCAAACACUCAUCAUCAAUAGGACUGACCCAACAAUACAACAUGCACUUUUGCUUGUCUUCAGUUCAAAGCUGAAAUGCUCAAAGAUCACAUUUUCGUCAUGCUCCAAAUAAAUAACUUAUUCACAACAUGUAAUUGGUUACUGUUACUCUAAACAUGAUAUUGCAGGUUACUAGGCCAACCAAAAGACAUUGCACACUAUUAUGCAUAUUACAGUGUUAUACCAUGUUGAAAGAGGAACUUGAGUCAUUAAGACGUAUCUCCAUAUCUUUGCUCCUCUCACAUACAGGCCUUUGUGUGGGAAAAUAAUGUCUAUGUGAAGACCAGCCCUACCGCUAAGGCCAUUCAGGUGACCUUCAACGGAGAACACAACAAAAUCUUAAAUGGCAUCCCAGAUUGGGUGUAUGAGGGUAAGCAAUACAUACAAGAUGCUAGCUGUGAAUCUUACAUACAGUUGAAGUCGGAAGUUUAAAUACACCUUAGCCAAAUACAUUUUAACUCAGUUUUUCACAAUUCCUGACAUUUAAUCCUAGUAAAAAUUCCAUGUCUUAGGUCAGUUAGGAUCACCACUUUAUUUUAAGAAUGUGAAAUGUCAGAAUAAUAUUAGAGAAUGUUUUAUUUCAGUUUUUAUUUCUUUCAUCACAGUCCCAGUGGGUCAGAAGUUUACAUACACUCAAUUAGUAUUUGGUAGCAUUGCCUUUAAAUUGUUUAAACUUGGGGAAAACGUUUCGGGUAGCCUUCCACAAGCUUCCCACAAUAAGUUGGGUGAAUUUUGGCCCAUUCCUCCUGACAGAGCUGGUGUAAUUGAGUCAGGUUUGUAGGCCUCCUUGCUCGCACACGCUUUUUCAGUUCUGCCCACAAAUGUUCUAUAGGAUUGAGGUCAGGGCUUUGUGAUGGCCACUCCAAUACCUUGACUUUGUUGUCCUUAAGCCAUUUUGCCACAACUUUGGAAGUAUGCUUGGGGUCAUUGUCCAUUUAUAAUAUAUAAUAUAAUAUAAUAAUAAUAAUAUAAUAAAAUAAUAUGCCAUUUAGCAGACGCUUUUAUCCAAAGCGACUUACAGUCAUGCGUGCAUACAUUUUUGUGUAUGGGUGGUCCCGGGGAUCGAACCCACUACCUUGGCGUUACAAGCGCCGUGCUCUACCAGCUGAGCUACAGAGGACCACAUUUGGAAGACCCAUUUGCGACCAAGCUUUAACUUCCUGACUGAUGUCUUGAGAUGUUGCAUCAAUAAAUCCACAUAAUUUUCCUUCCUAUCCCAUCUAUUUUGUGAAGUGCACCAGUCCCUCCUGCAGCAAAGCACCCCCACAGCAUGAUGCUGCUACCCCGUGCUUCACAGUUGGGAUGGUGUUCUUCGGCUUGCAAGUGCCCCCUUUUUCCUCCAAACAUAACGAUGGUCAUUAUGGCCAAACAGUUCUAUUUUUGUUUCAGCAGACCAGAGGACAUUUCUCCAAAAAGUACGAUCUUUGUCCCCAUGUGCAGUUGCAAACCGUAGUCUGGCUUUUUUAUGGCAGUUUUGGAGCAGUGGCUUCUUCCUUGCUGAGCGGCCUUUCAGGUCGAUAUAGGACUCGUUUUACUGUGGAUAUAGAUACUUUUGUACCUGUUUCCUCCAGCAUCUUCACAAGGUCCUUUGCUGUUGUUCUGGGAUUGAUUUGCACUUUUCGCACCAAAGUACGUUCAUCUCUAGGAGACAGAACGCGUCUCCUUCCUGAGCGGUAUGACGGCUGCGUGGUCCCAUGGUGUUUAUACUUGCGUACUAUUGUUUGUACAGAUGAACGUGGUACCUUCAGGCAUUUGGAAAUUGCUCCCAAGGAUGAACCAGACUUGUGGAGGUCUACAUUUUCUUUUGUGGAGGUCUUGGCUGAUUUCUUUUGAUUUUCCCAUGAUGUCAAGCAAAGAGGGACUAAGUUUGAAGGUAGGCCUUGAAAUACAUCCACGGGUACACCUCCAAUUCACUCAAAUGAUGUCAAUUAUUCUAUCAGAAGCUUCUAAAGCCAUGACAUCCUUUUCUGGAAGCUGUUUAAAGGCACAGUCAAUUUAGUGUAUGUAAACUUCUGACCCACUGGAAUUGUGAUACAGUGAAAUAAUCUGUCUUUAAACAAUUGUUGGAAAAAUUACUUGUGUCAUGCACAGUUUGUUAACAAGAAAUUUGUGGAGUGGUUGAAAAACGAGUUUUAAUGACUCCAACCUAAGUGUAUGUAAACUUCCGAUUUUAACUGUACCUCUUACUAUAAUUAGUCCAUAUUAGUCAGCACUGUGAUGUGAAUUGUGUAAAAUGUGAUUAUACAGUCCCUAGUGAACAAGUUUCUCUUUUGACAACACAGAAGUCUGUGAAGAGUUUAAGCCACACAGGCAAACACAACACACAAAAUAGAUGUGCCAUCUUGAUGUAGGCCUGACAGUGUUUUUGGAUUGUUUGUUUGUUAGAGGAAAUGUUCUCUUCUUACGAGGCAAUGUGGUGGUCACCUGGAGGGAGGUAUCUGGCCUAUGCUGAGUUUAACGACACUCUGGUCCAAAACAUUGAGUAUUCCUGGUAUGGGAAGGAACAGUAUCCUGACACUGUAAUUUUCCCCUAUCCUAAGGUAAGAUUACACUUUAUGUAUGUUUGAUGUGUAUCUAAAAAGUGUGUUGGAGUACGUCAUUAUUGGCAUGAGGUUCUGUGGCAGUUGAUAAGGGAACUGGACUCUGGACCAUAAGGCCUCUGGGUUAAAAGCAUGUUGUUUUAUCACAACUCGGGGUACUUUUAGGUCUAAGCUGUCCCAAUAAAAUUAUAUUGGUCCGCGAUUUCCCAAUUCGGAAACCUUUCUUGACGACUGUGUAUUUGAAUAGAGUCAUAUACUCUGUAUUGUCACAUAUUAAUGCGUUGAUACUGUGUCUAUAGUCAUUAUAAAACAAGACAUAAAAAAAUACAUUUUAAAGAUGUGCUUGCUUGUAAGAAAGCAACCUAUAAGACCCAAAGUUUGUUUUUAUUUCAUCGGAAUAGCAUAAAUGUAAUUUUUUUCUCCAUCUUUUAGCCUGGUACUCCCAAUCCAGUGGUGAAGCUAUUUGUGGUUGAUACUGCAAACACAUCAAUCAUCACAGAAGUUGUUGUGCCAGCUUCAGUUGGUGCAGGGUAAUGAAACUCAGUAGUACACAAUACAUUAUACAAUGUCAUUUUUUACCGUUAGAUUAGGUGAGAAACACAUUGCUUUGGAAUUUAAACAUUCAUUUUAGGCGUAAGCUGUGAGACAAGUAGUGUUGUUUCCGUGUGUUUUUUACAGUGAUCACUAUUUAGCCACAGUCAGCUGGUUAACGGAUGAACGCAUCGCUGUCCAGUGGCAGAAGAGGAAACAGAACGAGCUCCGCUUUCAGAUCUACGAUUUCAACACAGCCGGAAACACCUGGAUCGAGAAUGCGGUAGAGGUACGUCAUAAACCCUCCCCCCCCCACGCUUUUCUGCCGCCCUCCUCCUCUCCUCUCAUCUCCUCUCCUCUCCUCUCCUCUCCCCUCUGAGAACUUGUUGGGGUCUUAAUGUGUCACACAGAGAGGAUCACACUGUACGAAUGACAAACAAUUAAUUUCCUAUUAAUUACAAUUAACCAUCAAAUUAUAUACUUUUUUGUUGUGUUUUCAGAAACUUGACUUGACAAGCAAGACAGGUUGGAUCGGACGGGUAUGUACUUUAUAUGAACACAACAAUAUGAACAUGUAUGUAAACAUGGGCCAUAAAAACAUCAUUUACCAAGUAACAAGCAUUGAUUAUUACUGUAAAUAAAUACAUUAUCUUUGUUUUCUAGUUUUCACCUUCUAAUCCUACCUUAUCGGCGGACAAAGCCAGUUUUUACAUUGUGAUGAGUGACACUGACGGCUAUAAACAUAUUCAUCACGUAACAGGUGUAAGUAUUAAGUAGUACACCUAACUUCAUACCUUCUCAGUAACCCAGACAUGGUUAUGAUACACACUUCAUUUGUAAUAUUUGUAUGUGGUCCUUGCAGGGCACAGCAACAGCUGUCACCACGGGGGCUUGGGAGGUCAUUGACAUUUUAAAAGUGACUAACAAUGCCAUAUACUAUUCAAGCAACCAAUAUGGUGACAAGCCAGGAGGGAGAAACAUUUACAAGUAAGAAUAUCACUCUUUCAUUUUCAUGCCUUGGUUCUGUCAUGCUCAUGCGGUGUUCAUUUCUAACAUGCAUAACCUAUGACGUACUAUCGCUCUAUAUUUGUAGCCAAUAGAAUCAUGUCAGUUGUCUGUGUGUGUGUCAGGAUCAUUCUCGGAGCCACUCCCCCCGCCACCCAGUGCCUGACCUGUACCCUGAAUGAGGACAGGUGUCAAUACAACUCAGCUUACUUCAGCCAUGAUGCCUCUUUCUUCCGCAUGGACUGCUCGGGUCCGUCAGCCAGACAACACACACACACACACACACACACACUACACAACCCAAUACACCAACAGCGUUUGUGCAGUCAAGUCAUCAGAAUACUGUAGCUCCCAGCCGGUAUAUUUAUUUUAAAAUGAUAGUUUUUGUAGUAGUAGUAGUAGUAGUGCUUCUAGAUCAUUUGGGAGGACACACACACAACUGAUUAAAUAUUUGUUGGUCUUCACAGGCCCUGGACUACCUCUGUAUACUCUCAGGGACAACAGGGAUACUGGCUCAGGUAGGCCAGUUACAUUUACUAGUGUAUGAUGGAAAUAAAUGAUAUAUACCAUGCACCGUCACAGUGCAUCUUCUCACCGUCCUGUUUAGAGAUUCAGGUUCUUGAGGACAACACGGCUUUGGAAGGCCUUCUGUCUGAGAUCCACAUGCCUACCAUGCGACAUGGCUUUAUCAAGCAAGGGGAAUUCAGUAAGGCUUUCAACUAUUAAAGACUUCAAUUUAAUCUUUCAACUGCUAUUAAAAUAAAUGGGACAUCCCUAACUUGAUACCCAUUGAUGGAUGUUUCUGUUUAUCCCGACAGAUCUUUGGUACCAGAUGACCUUGCCUCCUGGAUUUGACAAAUCCAAGAAAUACCCCUUACUUAUUGAUGUGUACGAAUGUUCAUUAAUUCAUCUCUGUGAAUACAUGAUCUGCUUUGUCUUAUGAUGAAUUCCUGUAGUAAUAACAAGGGCCUGGAGUUAAACCUGACCACAUGACUUGAGCAGGAAAUACUCUGGGCCCUAGUUAAAUUCAGAAGUCUGUAGCGUUUCCUGGUGAGCUCAAGUGGUCAGGGAAAACUCUGCACCCUAACUAUAAUGUGUUUCUUUCUCUUUUGUGUUCCAGGUAUGCAGGGCCUUGCAGUCAGAAAGCAGACUACCGCUAUAGGUUGGGCUGGUCUGCAUACCUGGCGAGCACGGAGAAGGUCAUCGUUGCCAGCUUCGAUGGAAGGGGAAGUGGUUACCAAGGCGACAAGUUAAUGCACUCCAUCUACCGACGUCUGGGAACCUAUGAGGUGGAAGAUCAGAUAACGGCCGCAAAGUAAGGUUGAACCGUGGUUGAACAGUAGCCAAGUCGAUAGCUACAGUAUGUCCAACUGACUCAAACAGCUUACUUUGUAUCAUACUGUGUCACACUGCAAAGUGACAUUAAGACAACAUGAUAUAACACAAUAUAUCUACAUAGAUAUUUAGAGCUUGAAUUAGAGAUUCCAAGGCUUUUAUGGUUUGAGCUUUGUGAUGCAAUAUCCUGGUGGACAGAUCUUUAUGUGCGUCAUCUAACUCCUCUUCAUCUCCACUUUCGUCAACUCACGCUAAAUAUAUCCUGUCUGGCAGGACAACGGACGUGACAGAGGUGUUGGUUAAAGCACAUAAUGAUCUGACCACCAGGCUAAUGAUGUGACUGAUCAGACGUCACAUGGGGUCAGCUGGAAUGCAACAUUACUUUCCUCUUCCUUAUUUCACGUCAGGGGGACGGUGAUGACUCACAGACUGAGGGCAGUAGAGAUAUUAGUUAGAACCAUUGACCAUCAGUGGGCAUGGUCCAUUAGAACCUCUUUCAAUUGACCAUCACGUUUAAAUGAAUUAGAGUUUGUACUGGUGGUUCCCAAUCACAGCAAGUCACUUUUCUCUUUCAGGGAAUUCACCAAUAUGGGCUUUGUCGACAAAGGCAGAAUAGCAAUUUGGGGUUGGGUAAGUUAAAGUUUUUCUUUAAGCAUAGGGUUUGAAAAUAUGAUCCGUUCGGACCAUCAAGUGCAAUGUAAUGAAAUGCAGCACGUGUACAAUCAUCUUGUGUGUGUGCCUUGAUUAAUCUAAUCUUAUCUGAAUUCAAGGCCAAAAUCAUCUGUUUGUGUUUUAUAGUCCUAUGGAGGUUAUGUCACGUCAAUGGUUUUGGGAGCUGGGAGUGGAGUUUUCAAAUGUGGAAUGGCAGUUGCCCCAGUUUCCAAGUGGGAGUAUUAUGGUAUGCCAUUCUGUUAUUGAUAUGUUAUUAAUAUAUUUACAAUAAUAUACAUGUUAGUUAAAUAUAUAAUUGUAAAUCAUUGCAAAUUAUCCAUACAUUUUUCCCUACUUUCAAUAUUUCAGAUUCAAUCUACACAGAACGUUAUAUGAAUCAACCUUCAGAAAAUCUUGAAUUCUACAACGUAAGUUUACCAAAGGCAACAUUUUAAAUGGCCAUUUAUACACACAAUUUUAUACUAUGGUCUGUAUUAUCCACACUGUUAUUACGUUCCACGGAAAUAACCAAAUGUAAAUGUAUUUUACAGAACUCCACAGUGACAGCCAGAGCUAAGAACUUCAAAUCAGUGCAAUACCUUCUCAUCCAUGGGACAGCAGAUGGUGAAGCCUCCUCUAGUAUUUCUGGAAUGUUCUUUUAAAAACACACCACGUGUGCAAUUAACAACCAUGCAAUGUUUAGAGUCUAGACUAUUCAUUUGACUUUGUAAACCCAUUAGUUGAUGAAGCUAAAAGUCUUAACUAAUCAGUGAACAUACUUUUUAAGAGACUUUACCAUAUUAUAUGAGAAAAAGAAAACACUGGUCACAUCGGAUUCUGUAAGACAUGUAUUUUUAUCUCUCUAUUUGUUUCAGACAACGUUCAUUUUCAGCAAGCUGCUCAGAUAGCCGAAGCUCUGGUUGAGGAACAAGUGGACUUUGAGGCUAUGGUAAAUAUUUAGAUUUGAGAUGAGUUAUCUACACAAUCAGUGGUUGUAGAGCUUUAAACCUCAAUGAACCUGCUCAAUGAAAACACUUUUUCAAUAAACAAAUGAUCUGUGCUAAUUCCUUCUUUCUAUCCCUUUACUACAGUGGUACACGGACAAGGACCAUGGUCUUGAUGGUUCAGCCAAUCAGCAUGUCUAUACCCACAUGAGUCACUUCCUCCAGAAGUGCUUUGCCUGAUGUCAUUCGAACAAAUGAUGCCCAACCUGCCCUGAUGCUUGCCCAACGAUAACCAAACUGCCCCAAAUUCAUUUGCAAUUAAUUUGGACAGCAGGUAGCCUAGCAGUUAAGACCGUUUGGCCAGUUACCAAAAGGUCGCUGGUUUGAAUCCCGAGCCAACUAGGU